AUGGACAUUGAAUCGCUUCCCGCCUCAAGCGGCGACCAAGUCAGCUAUCCGAGUCGAAUUCGCCAGUGGAUAGAAGUGUGCAACUCAUCACAUGGCGAUAUCUGCAUCCCAAAGCCAAUAUCACAACAACCUCAAAACGACGUUCCUCAAUGGCUCAUCGACACCCACGACCAGUGCAUCGUGCCAGGAACCUCCGCGGAUCAUUACUUGGCUCUAAGCUAUACCUGGCCAGAAACCCGCGACUCUUCUACCCCGGCACCGCGCAGUUUACUCCUUGACGCCGCGAGCAUAGUAGACCUCCAAACGCCUGGAUGCUUUUCCAGCUCUGCUAUUGCAGAGAUCCUACCGGGGGUGAUCAGACAUGCUAUGAGCGUAACAGCUGCAUUAGGUGAACGAUAUCUCUGGGUCGACCGGCUUUGCAUUGUGCAAAACGAUGCAGGGACGCUCGAUCAAGUCACAAGGAUGGACAAGAUAUACGCAGGAGCGUAUCUCACCAUCAUUGCUGCAGCACCGGAUGCCAUGUACCAAAGUGAUCAAUUGUUAGAAUGGCCUCGCUUCGACAUGUUUUUGAAACGUUCAAAGACUUCUGUACUCAACAGAGAUCAAGUCGUCCGUACCAUGGACUAUCGAUAUCAGGCUUUGAGAGAAUCUCGGUGGGCGACAAGAGGAUGGACGUUCCAAGAGCAAAUACUCUGUAAAAGGGCCGUUGUAUUUACUGAGAAAGGAAUCUUUUGGGAUUGCCAGUGUUGCAUGUGGGACGGCGCGGAUCUCGAACCAGGCCAGGACUAUGAAACCAUCUCCUCUUCCACGGACAUGGGCAAACGAUUUGCGACCCGGUGGUGGCCUGAUUUCAGCUUCUACGUCGAUCUGAUCUGUCCGUACAAUGGCCGGGAGUUUUCUUAUCCCCAAGAUGCACUAUUGGGCUUUUCGGGUGUCUUGAGCGCAUUGUCGCGGUCGUUCCCUGGGAAAUUUAUAUCGGGCAUACCGAGCAUAUUUCUCGACCAUGUUCUGCUAUGGCAGCCAUUUGAGAUUGCACAGCGGCGCGUAGAUCGAGGCAGUCCGUCAAGCACAUCUAAAGGCGUAUCCAGCCUUCCAUCAUGGGCAUGGUGCGGAUGGCAGUGUUUCAUUGAUCCAACGAGUCUUUGCUCUGGCCUAGCCUACAUGAACGACGAUAAAAUGCGAAAACGAGCCGGCAGCUGGCAAACACAAAACUUGAUAGAGUGGUAUGCGUCUAAUGAUCUAGCACAGUCGGAACUGAUGUCGGAGCUGCCCACAUUUAAUGAGUAUGCCAAGCUAUCAAGUUCCCCUGACACGCUUCCAAAUGAGUGGCAAUCCCACGAAGAACCUAGUACGGAAGCUCAGAGUUUUAGCCAUGCAACAGAUCGAAAGCUGCUUUUCAGACAUCCAAUCCCGCUCUCUCUCGAUGCCUCGCGGCAACCCGAACUCUGCACAACAUCCUACCUAACCUUCAAAACCAACUCAGCCCUAUUCCUCCCCGCAACCAUACUCAGGGCCCGCAAUUACACCAGUGCGGUAAGUUGGGGGGAAGCUAAAGUCUCCGUCUUCGAAGACCGCAUGUUUGCCCUCGGCCCCCGCGAAAAAAAAGCACCCCCCGUCAUUGUCCUCCAACAACCAAACGGCAUGUUUGCCGGCCUCCUCCGCCACAUGAAUCUCGACAGCAUGAACCCCAACCUCCCCGUCGAACUCAUUGCCAUAUCAACCGGCAGCGCAAACGCCACAGACCUCGAAAGCACAUACGAAUGGCACGUCUUCGCCUACCGAGACCUCUACUACUUCCACGGCAAUAACUGUAACAUCACAGAGUUUGCCUCGCCACUCCUCACCAUGCGGCAGAGACGCGCACUGCUGUUCGACACGUCCAUGGCGUUUAGCGAGGAAUCAGCAAAAGACAAUGAAAACAGUGCUCUCAUCCCGGAACUCAGUGCUAUAGAAGAUGAAAUUGACAAUCAGGUACGUGUGGAAAUGGAGAAGAAUGAGCGGAAGCUACUAGAGCUUAAUGCGACGCAACAACAUCGGAUGAAUUAUGAGCAGAGGGUUUGGUUUCAUUUUCAGAAGAAGGUGCUUGAAGAGCGGAGGCAGAGGAAGGGUGUGGCAGAAGAGAGUGUCGGUGGUGCGGUGUGUCAGUUCUACAAUGUGCUUUGGAUUCAGCGUAAGGAGGGGGUCGCGUAUAGAGUGGCGUGUGGGUGGGUGCCGAAGCAUGUAUGGGAGGCGCACUCCAAGGGGCCUGUGAAGGUUGUAUUGGGUUGA